GAACGCUCGGGUGUCGCGAGUCCGACAGCCGCUAAACCGAGCACGCUGCUGCUGGCCCUCCUCCGCAGUUCACCGAGUGACCGAGCGACCGAAAAAAAAAAAACUGUAUUCGUCUCCACCUUUAAACGUAAAACACACUUUGUUUUUCUGCCUGUUGGACUGAACAGACAUCAUCAUGUCUAAAGGUACAGUGGUUCUGGCCUACAGCGGUGGACUGGAUACGUCCUGUAUUCUGGUUUGGCUUAAGGAGCAGGGCUACGAUGUCAUUACAUACUUGGCCAACAUUGGGCAAGAUGAAGAUUUUGAAGCUGCCCGGAAAAAGGCAGAAAGCCUCGGUGCAAAGAAGGUUUUCAUUGAGGACCUGCGUGCAGAGUUUGUGGAGGACUUCAUCUGGCCCGCUGUUCAAGCCAAUGCUGUGUAUGAGGACCGGUACCUGCUGGGUACUGCGGUAGCACGACCCUGCAUUGCACGUCAUCAGGUUGAAAUUGCACGCAGGGAGGGUGCCCAGUUUGUUUCCCAUGGUGCCACAGGAAAGGGCAAUGACCAGAUACGUUUUGAGCUCACAUACUACUCCCUGUACCCUGAGAUUAAGAUCAUUGCACCGUGGAGGAUCCCUGAGUUCUACAACCGCUUCAAGGGGAGAUCAGACCUGAUGGAAUAUGCACAGAAACAUGGCAUCCCUGUGCCCGUCACUCCUCGGGCACCCUGGAGUAUGGACGCCAACCUCAUGCAUAUAAGCUAUGAGUCUGGCAUCCUUGAGAAUCCCAAGAGCCAUGCUCCGGGUGACCUGUACCUGAUGACCACAAAUCCAGAAGAUUCUCCCAACACCCCUGAUGUACUGGAGAUAGAGUUUAGAAACGGAGUGCCUAUCAAGGUGACCAAUGUGAAGGAAGGCAAAUCCAAGGACUCACCACUUGAUAUCUUCUCAUACCUUAAUGAGAUUGGAGGAAAGCAUGGUGUGGGCCGGAUUGACAUCGUUGAGAACCGUUUCAUUGGAAUGAAGUCCAGAGGGAUUUAUGAAACCCCAGGAGGCACCAUCCUUUUACAGGCCCAUUUAGACAUCGAGACCUUUACCAUGGACAAAGAGGUGCGGCGGAUCAAACAGGGGCUGGGUAUCAAGUUCUCUGACCUCGUCUACAAUGGUUUCUGGUACAGUCCAGAGUGUGAUUUUGUGCGAAACUGCAUCGUCAAGUCCCAGGAGAAUGUUGAGGGCAAAGUACAGCUGUCUGUCUUCAAGGGUCAAGUCUACAUCCAGGGACGCGAGUCACCCAAGUCUCUUUACAAUGAAGAGCUGGUCAGCAUGGACGUGCAAGGAGACUACGACCCAUGUGAUGCCUCUGGAUUCAUCAGGAUCAACGCUGUCAGGUUAAGGGAACACCACCGUUUGCAGGGUGUCUCCAGCACCAAGCAGUAACUGUUGCAGUCCUGUGAACCCUCUUUCUCUCUGUCCUCCUCUCUCCACCAUGUCUUAAGUGGUAGUAGUAGUAGGUUUAGACCUUGUGCCUCCAUCUUCUACCUCUUGCCUUAUUGUCUGUUGUUAGCUACAUUAGCAUCAGCACACAAGAAUCUUGCUGUAAGUUUCUUAGGUGGUGAAGAGUAGAGGAAGAAAAUCCAUCAACUGACUUUGUGGCAUGAAAAAGUUUUUGAAUCUGGUGUAUAGAUCAUCAUGAAAUAUAUUGUGGAGGAUCAUUUUAAGACAAUGUAUUUCUUAGUGUUUUAUUUCCUGAAUUUGUCUGGUUUUUAGUAUCACUAGGUCAGUACUUAAACUUCAAUAUAUAGGAAUUCUUUGUGACAGAAA